CUCCCGGUGUCCUGCAGGGGGCUCCACGGGCUCCAGCGGCUCUCUAACGGUGAUGGAGGAGCGGAGCACCGGGGGCUGAGUGCCGCGGCUCCGCAGCUGAGAUCCGGUCGUGAUGAACCCGUUGGACGGUGGCGGUUCAGCGGGGCCAGAGGAGGCGGGCGGCCGGUGGUCCCGCUUCUCCUCGUGGCUGGAGUGCGCGUGUGUGGUCACCUUCGACCUGGAGCUUGGACAGGCCAUAGAGUUGCUGUUUCCUCCACACGUCAAGCUCACAGAGAAAGAGAAAACCAGCAUCUGCUACCUGUCCUUCCCCGACUCGUACUCAGGAUGCCUCGGUGACACUCAGUUCAGCUUCAGGUUACGUCAGUCUGUUGGUCGCAGAGCUAAGAGGCUCCGGGAGGACAUUUACAACCGAGACGCCCCUGUCACCCUGCAGACCGAAGUGUCCCAUUUCUGCAGUUACGUGUAUUUCAGACAGGUGAAGGAUGUUUCUGUGAAGAGAGGAUACUUCCAGAAGUCCCUGGUGCUGGUGUCCAGGUUGCCGUACACUCACCUGUUCCACUCACUGCUACAGAUCAUCGCUCCAGAGUUCUUCGAGAAGCAGGAGCCCUGUCUGGAAGCAGUAUGUAACGAGAUCGAUCAAUGGCCUUCACCCGUACCUGGACAGACCCUCAACCUGCCAGUGAUGGGCCUGGUCUUACAGGUGCGGAUUCCUUCAAAAACAGACAAACCAGGAGGAAGUCCAGUCAGACAGUCUGCUAAAGAGAACCUCCUGCCGGCUCCAACACUGCUGCCCUCCAUCCACGAACUCGACCUCUUCAAGUGCUUCCAGUCGGUGCUGAUCCACCUGCAGAUGCUCUGGGAGCUCAUGUUGCUCGGGGAGCCGCUGGUCGUCAUGGCGCCGUCUCCCACCGUCUCCUCUGAGAUGGUGCUGGCUCUCAUCAGCUCCAUCAGUCCUCUGAAGUUCUGCUGCGACUUCCGCCCGUAUUUCACGAUCCACGACAGCGAGUUCAGAGAGUACACCACCAGGACGCAGGCCCCGCCUAACGUGGUUCUGGGAGUCACCAACCCGUUCUUCAUUAAGACAUUUCAGAACUGGCCUCAUGUCGUCCGACUGGGAGAAAUCAAGAUGGCGGGUGAUUUACCUAAACAGGUGAAGGUGAAGAAACUGUCCAAACUGAAAACACUCGAUACUAAACCAGGGAUCUACACGGCAUUCAAAACGUUUCUGCACAAAGACAAGAUUCUUAUCAAAAGACUGCUGAAGGGGAUUCAGAGGAAGAGACCCUCGGAGGUUCAGAGCGCCAUCUUGAGGCGACACCUGUUGGAGCUAACUCAGAGCUUCAUCAUCCCCCUGGAGCGGUACAUGGCGAGCCUGAUGCCUUUGCAGAGAUCUGUGACACCAUGGAAGACUCCUCCUCAGAUUCGAUGCUUCAGUCAGGACGAGUUCAUGUCCACUCUGGACCACACCGGGCCUCAGCUCACCUCGGUGCUCAAAGGUGAUUGGAUGGGACUGUACAGGAAGUUCUUCAGGUCUCCAAACUUUGACGGCUGGUAUCGUCAGCGACACAAAGAGAUGACGCAGAAACUGGAGAGUCUUCACCUGGAGGUCAUCUGUGACGCUGACCUGAUGAGCUGGACGAAAGACAAGUCUGAGGUGGAAAUUGUCGAUUUGAUUCUGAAGCUCAGAGAGAAACUGAUUAAAGCUCGCAGGCAGCAGCUGCAGGUGAAGGACGGAGUUUUACAGAAACUGGACACUUUUAUAAACUCCAUCAUCAGCUUGUUGCCCCGAGACCUGCAGACGGUACUGAGUACACACUGAGUACAGAGGUACACACUGAGUACACCCUGAGUACACCCUGAGUACAGCCUGAGUACACCCUGAGUACACACUUUGACUGGUUGGAUUGAUGCCUUUCAGUUAUUUGAUGAAAUGUUAAAGUGUGAAUGUUUUGUUGCAGCUGUUUGUUUUUUCCACUUUCAGCUUCACCUGUGUUGUUAUUUAAAAAAAACUUUCUUAAAAAAAAGUUAAAUAACAGCUGAUGCUUUUUAGUUUUGACAAUAAAACUCUAAAAAUGUAUUUAAUUCCACAUCAUUGUAGAUAAGUUAAAUCUUUAUUGUCCCGUCGGCGCAGCGAUCAGACGAUCUCAGACUAAAUGUAACACUGAUGAUUAGAAUAAUUCAUCAUGAUUAUGAAAACUGAUCAUGUUGCUGUUUGUUUUGUUCUGUAAAUAUUCGUUUGAAUUUGAAAAGUAAACUCUGGAUCACGUUCACACUUUGUUCUAUAUUUCAUCAUAAC